AAAUCUCCAAAAAUUUAACAUGGCUAACAAUAAUAUAAAUACUGGAGGGUUGGAAGAAGCAAAAGAAUAUAUGAUGGAUAAAGAAAUUCCACAAUUAUUUGAGAGUAUGAUGACAGCUUUGAUGUACAAGAAGCCAACAAAUCAUAUUGAGUUUCUAGAAGACUGUUUGGUCCGUGCUAAGGAGAAUCCAAAAGUAAAAUGGCAUUCCUUUAUUGAGCCAUUGCCACCAAUUCCAAAAGGGGAUGGAAAAGUCAAAUCAGAAGGUGACAACAUUAAUGUGGAGGAUUUAGUUACAGAGAAUAAUAGUUUUGCUAAGGAUAAUGAGCCACUUCCACCUAUAUCUCCUCACAAUGAUGAAGUUGUGAUUGAUUGUCAAAAUAAUGCCAAUUCUUUGACAGAAAAAGCAAUCCAACAGCACACUUUAAGUUCUCCUGUUGCAGACCAAGCCAUGGAGGAGGUUGUUAAGGUAAUCAAACCUAUUGAUAAACUGGAACUUGCUGAAGAUGCUAACAGCAUUGGAGAUACUGAACAGGAAUCUCAAGUUGUUGAAGAAUACACUGCUUCAGAAACAAUUGAUCAAGUUCAGAAGGAUGUGUCUGAUGCAACUGAAAAGGUUUUUGAAAGACAUAUGUCAAAUGGUGUAGCCAAUAAGGACUGUGAUGUCUCUCACAGCAAAGAAGAACACUCAUUGACUGAAGUAAUAUCACAACAAGAAAUCACUGAUAAACUAUGGUAUUCUGAAUACAUUGAAAGGGAUGUUGAUACAACAAUGUUACAAGAGAAACCUGUUGUUUUUGUGUUAGGUGGACCAGGCAGUGGUAAAGGUACACAAUGUGCAAAAAUUGUUGAAAAGUAUGGAUUUACACAUCUUUCAGCUGGCGAUUUACUUAGAAAAGAAGUUUUAAAAGGAUCAAACAUUGGCCAAAAAAUUGAUGAAAUCAUGAAAGAAGGUCAGCUUGUCCCACAGGAUGUAACGAUUUGUCUACUAAAACAAGCAAUGGUUGAAAAUUCUGAUUGUGCUGGCUUCCUUAUUGAUGGCUUUCCACGAGAAAUUAAGCAGGGAAAACAGUUUGAAAGACAGGUGUGUUUUGCACGUAUGGUAUUAAAUUAUGCAUGCCCUGAUGAAGUACUUGUGUCCAGGUUACUUGCACGUGCUGCACACAGUGGUCGUAUUGACGACAAUGAAGAAACAAUUAAAAAAAGAAUUAGUUUAUUUCAUGAGAAAACAACACCUGUAAUUGAGCACUAUGAUGAUAUCGUUGCUACUAUUCAAGCUGAUAGAGAUAUUGAUGAUGUAUUUGAAGACACAUGCAAAGCAUUUGACCAGCAUGUUCUCGAAAGUGUAAAGAUUGAUAAAUCUGUAAUAUUUGUUUUAGGUGGGCCAGGCAGUGGGAAAGGAACUCAGUGUAGCAAACUUGCUGAAAAGUAUGGACUUGCACAUUAUUCUGCUGGUGAUCUUUUAAGAGUAGAAGCAGAAAAAGAAAGCGAAGUGGGUGAGAUGAUAAAGAAACUAAUGCAAGAAGGACAACUCGUGCCACAGGAGAUCACGAUAAACCUGUUGAAAAAUGCUAUUAUGUCUGCAGAGGAAUGCAACGGCUUCUUAAUUGACGGUUUCCCAAGAGAGCAUGCUCAAGGAUUGCAAUUUGAAACAGAGGUUUGCAACUCAAAGAUGGUGCUAUAUUAUGAUUGCCCUGACGAUAUAUUGAUUUCUCGUUUGAAGAAACGAGCAGAAAACAGCGGUAGAGAAGAUGAUAAUGAAGAAACCAUUAUGAAAAGGCUAGAGUUAUUUCACACCAAGACAACACCAUUAAUUUUGCAGUACCAAGAGAAAGUUAAAAUUAUAGAUGCCAGUAAGAGUGUGGAGGAAGUGUUUGAAGAAUCUUGUAAAGUGAUUGAGAAUGUCAUAUUUUGUUCUGAACUUGUCAAUGAAAGUACUUUAAAGGAGGAAGUUAACGAGGAUGUGAAAAAUAAUGUAAACGAGGAUAGAGUUGAAACACUCAAAGUUGAUGCUGUAGAGAAAUCAGAUGUGGAGCAGUUGGUGGAUGACGUAACGCAGGGUGGUGAUGAUGCAGGAGAGGAUAAACAUGAUCAGUUAGAGGCUGAUAAAAUUAAAGCUGUUGAGGAACCAAUCGUAGCUGUUCAGGAGGACACAGUUGGUGAAUAUGGCCAAAAAAGACAUAUUUUGAAGAGUGAAUCACAAGAUAAAAACAUUAUAUUUGUUCUAGGGGGUCCUGAAUGUGGUCAUCAUGUGCAGGCUUCUGCAAUUGCAAAGAAUUUUGGUUAUACUUACAUAUCUCUUGGAGAUUUGCUUCGUGCUGAGGUUUCAUCAGGCUCUGAAAGAGGGAGAAUGAUUGCUGAAAUUAUGGAAAAGUCAGAACUUGUCACUCAUAGUAUUGUUGUUGAACUUGUUGGUGAUGCUAUGUUGAAAUCAGAAGAUGUAGAAUGCUUUUUGAUUGAUGGUUUUCCAAGAUCAGUCAAUCAAGCCGAAUUGUUUGAAUAUGACAUUGGUGAAACAAAUUUAGUUGUGUAUUACUCUUGCGACUCUGAUACUAUGAAUGAAAGAUUGUCACAAAAUAAAAGUGAAAGAUAUGAUAUGAGAAAACGAUUAUUUGAAGAUGAAACAAUACCAGUUGUGGAAUGGUACAAAAAGAAAAACCUAUUGGAAGAGAUCUCAACUAAUAAUACAGAAGACGUGCAAAACCACACAACAAAAGUUAUUCAAACAUUUGAAGAGCAGAAAAAAAUGGCGGAAGAAUUGUCAGAAAAGAAUAUUAUCUUUGUUCUUGGUGGUCCUGGAAGCGGCAAAGGUACUCAAUGUGCUAAGAUAGUCGAGAAGUAUGGCUUUUGUCAUCUGUCCACUGGUGACUUAUUAAGAGAAGAAGUAUCGUCAGGAUCGGAGAGAGCAGAGCGGCUGAAGACUAUCAUGGAAAAAGGCGAGCUUGUGCCAGAGGAGAUUAUAUUGGAACUAUUGCGUGAUGCUAUGAUCAAAAGAAGGGAUUGCAAAGGAUUCUUAAUUGAUGGAUUUCCAAGAGAUGUGCCACAAGGGGAAAGAUUUGAACGCACGGUUGGCAGAUGUAAGUUUAUUCUUUACUUCGAGUGUACCAACGAGGUGAUGGUCGAAAGAUUGCUAGGCAGAGCUAAAACAAGUGGACGUGUGGACGAUAAUGAAGAAACGAUCAAGAAACGAUUGAAGACAUUUGAAGAUCAAACCCUGCCGGUGGUAGAGAAGUUUUGCGAAAGAGUUCAGAAGGUGAACGCAGAAAGAGCUCCAGAUGAUAUUUUCACGGAUGUUUGUACUGUACUGGAUACUCUAUAAUGUCCACGUUACAGACACGCGAUCUAAAAACCCAACAUCGCGUGAUAUUUUUUUGCGCGCUGGUUUUGUUAAUACGAUGUUAUUUUUUAAAUGACUUAUUUAUUCUAUGUAUGAUUUUGUAAACUCUGUGUGAAUAAAAAGACAACAAUAUUUAUAUUUUUUGA